UCUCUAGUCUCUAUCGAUCUUUUUAAGAUUCAAAAUUGGGUUCGAGUUCUCUCUCUCUCUCUCUCUCUCUCUAGCUUAAAGUUCAUAAUCGAUUGAUCACACUAUCGUGAAAUUUUGAACAAGAGCUGUGUACUCGUCUGCUCUAUGAUGAAGAUGAAUAUGAACAAAGCCUACGAUCUGAAAUCUAUAUCUGUUUUUCCUCCUAAUUUAAGUAGGAGAUCAGCUGAACCACAAGCAUCUCAGCAGCUUCGAUCACAGCAGUCACAGCAGUCCUUCUCUCAGGGACCUUCGUCUCAGCGUGGUUGUGGCUUUUCUCAGAUGACUCAGACUUCUUUCGAAGACCUCAACGAUCAGAGAUUUAGUUCUCAGGAACGAGACUAUUCUUUGAAGAAGGUCAGUUGCUUACCCCCAAUCAAUCAUAAUCAUAGACGAGAUGAUAGUCAGUUGGCAGCAUCGAGACCUUCCAGCGGUCUUACUAGAAGGUUGAGUUCUGCUUCAGUUGGUGAGUCUAAUAAAUCUCAGAUCAGUGAAGAACUUGAGCAACGGUUCGGGAUGAUGGAAACUUCUUUGAGCAGGUUAGGAAUGAUGUUAGAUUCAAUUCAGAGCGACAUCAUGCAGGCCAACAGAGGAACUAAAGAAGUAUUUCUUGAAACUGAACGCUUACAGCAAAAGUUGAUUCUCCAAGACACUUCACUACAGCAGCUGAUGAAGGAUCAAGCAGAUGCUAAAGCUAGUCUUGUUGGAGGUGUUAAAUCUAUUUUAGAGGAAUUCAGCAAUGAUCCCAAUCAGGAGAAGCUACAGAAUAUCUCUCUGAUGCUAACAGCUAUCCCAGAGCAAGUAGAUUCCGCUAUGCAGAGAAUACAAAGGGAACUCUGUCACACGUUCACCAGAGAGAUUCAGGUCUUGGCUAGUUUGAAGAUGUCUGAGCCAAGGGUUCAGGUUCCAACAGCACCACAAGUGCAGGCUAAGGAAAACCUGCCUGAGCAGCGCGGUCCAGCAGCCAAGGUUUUGGGGAGCUCAAAGAUGCCUGAGGCAAGAGUUCAGGUUCCAACAGCACCACAAGCUAAGGAAAACUUGCCAGAUCAGCGCGGCCCAGCAACCAAGAGCAAUUCCUAUUGUAAUACUACACUGAAAACAAAACAACCGCAGCUUCCCAGAAAUCCAUCUAACGCACCAGCCAGAGCUGUGAAAACAUAUUUAUCCCCAGAGAUACAAGUGGGAUCUUGGAAGACGGUGAAACCAAAACAGAGUAUGUUCAAGAAAAGAGCAGCAGGAAAGUCAGUAAAAUCAGAAGGCACUGGAACGCAGUUUGAACAAUGCAGUGUUAUCAUAGAUUCAGAUGAAGAUAUCGAUGGAGGCUUUUCAUGCUUGAUUGACGGGAACACCAAAGGAGCUAAAUUCGAAUGGGACGCAGAGAAGGAAACUGAAAGAAUUCUGAGGACAGCAAGGAGGACAAAGAGGAAGUUCGGUAACCCCAUAAUUAUUAACUGAAAUCGAGGUAAGUUAGGAGUAAGAGCUACGCUCCUCUGUUUCUAUAUCUAAAAGGCUAAAGCAUGAUUAAGAUGAUAUUAAUUGGAUAGAUUUUCACAGUUGUGACAUUAAAAUUUUAUUGAACUUUCAGUAUAGCACAAUCUUUAUCAGUAUGGUAUUAUUUUGUAAAAUUUAGUGAGUUCUAUUUCUUAAAUUUUACUGUUAUAAGUUAUGAUGACAUGAGGGGAGGGGGAAAAAAAUAUGACAUGGAAACAGAUAAUUGGAUCAAUAUUUAAAAGCAUGUUCUUAUAGUAAUAAAUUAUCACUAUGUUUAAAGGUUUUCUCUCAUUCAAAAUUUCACAACUAAUCUGUUUCAAUAAAUUGGAGGUAUGACAGGUUCAUCAAAUAAGUAAUUAAGAAAAAAUAAUCAACAAAAAGUUAGGAUAUCCAAUAUGGAUCUUUUAAAUUAAAAAUCAAAUAAAUACAUUAGACAAAUAUGGUGCUUUUUAAUUAAAAAUCAAAGAAAUAUAUUUAAAAUCAGAAGUUACUUGAUUUCAUCAUUAUCCAAUCUAAACUAGAUUCUUCUUACCAAUGUUAGAUUAUUUCCAACUUCUUCUUUUUUUUUUUUCACUCUAAUACAAAGAAUCAUAUAUUAUUUAUUUUUUGGAGUUUUGAAUAGAUUACUUAAGAUCAGAUUGAUACUAAAGUUUGAAAUACUUUCAACCAAAUUUGAUUAUAAAACAAGAAUCAAUAAUGCGUUAUCCUGCUAGAAUAUUAAAUAGGUAAAAGAAAAUGUUAAAUAACAGUAGAUUUUGUAUUUAGAUUUGUUUACACACAUACAAUGCUGAUCAAUCAGUUUCUUGCUGAAGAAUUUCCUCUGUUUCUUAGUAAACUAAAGUCUCAUCGUCAAAAAGUUUUGGGUUUUAAAUAUUUUGUUGUUUGUUUUUAAAAGAUCUGAGAUUGUAAAGCUUUAUAAAUCAUAAGACAGUGCCAAUAUCUGAAAUGUCAAUGGAAAGCAGCCAUGUGGAAGAAAAGCUCUGCUCGAAAAGACAAGAGAGAGAUCAUCAUUUAGGCUGGAUAUCUGGUUUUUUCAGAAGGAGGAAGAAGAGGUCAGCACAAGAAGAUGAACAUAGCAUAUCUGAAGAUUCUCGUAUGAUGAUAAGGCACAAAGCCAAGAUUUUGCAUUUGUUUCUCUCUGAGAUCAUGAGGAAGCUG